GCUGGCGAUUGCACAACGAUGGCACCGCCAAAGAAGCCGUCCAAGAAGGACGACGUCGAGGCCCUGCUGUCCGACCUCGACAGCCUCGGCACGGGGUCGGGAUCAAAAGAGGCCAAGAAGGCAGCAGCGACCGAGGGAGCAGGAGCAGGAGCGGGUGCCAAGGCAAAGGACGAUGCGCAGAGCCUGCUCGACGAUCUCGACGAGCUCGUCAAGCGGCGCGCGGCCACGCCCAAGCGCACGCCCUCGGCUGCAGCGACGCCCGCAGCAGAGGUGACGCCCAGCGCAACGCCCUCGGGCACCCUCUCGCGGAGCGCCGCUGCCAUGGCGGCCUCGGCGGACGGGAGCAAGGAGCAGGCAACGGCACCGUCCGAGCGCGACGUGGCGGCAUCGCCAUCAGAGGUGCCAGUCACAGACCCAUCGACGACGACGGCGGCGGCGACUUCAGUAGCAGGCGCAGGAGCAGGGACAGCCGCAGGCCCAGGAGCAGGGGCAGCCGCAGGCGGGUGGGGCAACUGGUGGAGCAGUGCCCAGAAGCUGGCCGACCAGGCGCGCGCCGAGCUCGAGAAGCGCGCGGCACAGGCAGCGCAGGCGGGCAAGGAUCUUGCCUCGGAGGUGCGCCAGUCGGAGGAGGAGGCGCGCCGGCAGGGCAUCCCCAGCCUCACGUCCGUCGCCGAGAAUGCAUCGCAGGCCGUGAGCCGGACAGCCAAGGGGGACCCCUGGUCGCUGGCCCGCAGCAUGCUGGGCAGUGGCAGUGGUGAUGGCGGCAGUGGUGGCGGAGGAAUUCGCAACUUCAACCUGCAGGAGCUCUCGCAGAUGGGCAAGCGCGGCUGGAUGGACAUUGUCAAUGCCGUCGCGCCGCCGAUUGCACGCCACGAGGUGCUGCAGGUCAGCCUGUCGCACGACAUGGUCGGCUACGAGGGCAUCGACGACCUCGUCUUCCGUGUCCUCGGCCGCGUCGUCGAGACGCACGCCGCGCAGGACCACGCGCAGGAGGGCAACGAGGGCCCCGGCCAGCAGCAGAUCAUCGUCAACAAGUCGCGCACCCAGCAGUCGAUGGAGGACGAGCGCACCGACGCAGGCACCCACGCCCGCUCGAUGAAUGCCCUCGACAGCGGCGGCUUUGAACACGCCUGGAAGACGGCCGAGACGAAGCUCGAUGCGCUCAUCCAGGCCACCUAUACCCCGGCCCCGGCGCAGGACACGGCCGCAAAGGACGGCGACAGCAGCAGCAGCAGCAGCAGCGACACGAGCGCCAAGCUGCCCAUCACCACGUGCCCGCUCUACAUUCGCAUCCAGCCCCUCCUCGCCUCGCUGCCCGGCCUCGAGAGCAGCACCGACACACCACGGCACCUCUACUUUGCCGUCGUGCUCAACGACCCCUCCAAUGGCCUCGUCCACCGCACCAUCUCCAGCCCCGUCCCCGCCGACUGGUUCGAUGAAGCCGGCAGCGGCAGCCACUCAGACCGGCCAGGGCCAGGGCCAGGGCCAGGGCCGGAGCCGUGGGCCGAGGAGUUUCUCGUCGAGAUCCUCGAGGCGUGCCUGGGCGCCAUUGGCCUCGACUAUGUGCGGCAGCGCCAGACGUCGCGGACGCGCGUCGCCCAGGAGAUCAAGAAGCGCGUCGCCAGCGAGUAGGCUGCUCUGGUACGCAGCCCUUCUGUUCUAAACGGACACAUCCAGUCAUCAGGGUCAGCACGACGGACGGGCCAGGAGAUGAGAGGGCCAGAGACAGAUGCCUGAGAAGACGAAUGGGUAUUGCAGGGAUAAUCCAUCCGAGGGGCGCGCAUGAUAUCUAGAUGAACAGUGUGUGGUAGUAAUAAUGAUGAUCAAUGAUGUGCAUGAG